CGGAACGAUAUUUUCCUGCGUUGUUCGUGUGUUUUUAACAUAAAUCAGACCUUUAAAGUGAAUUGAAACGCUAUAAGGAUCUCCCGGGAUCGUGCUGCAGCUGGAAGCGGGAACUGGCCGACCGUCUAGAACGUUCUGGAUCGUGCUGGAUCUUUCGGCGUGAUCCGGUCGCUUAUAAACACACCCGCCAGAGAUAGGUCGUGCGAGAUGUCUUCACACUCCAGUUUCUACCAAGGAACGAAACGGAUAUCUCCGUUGAAGAUAAGAAAUCCGAGUAUUUUACCCUCACAAAUAAUGCCGUCACCAACGGGUGCGCCUUUUAACUUUGCCGAAAUGCCGUGGUCCUACGGUGUGAAACCGGGGCAGGUGAUGGAGUUUAAUGCCGUGAUCCGGCCCAGCCCUAUCGCCGUUCCAGUCGGUCCCUCAUCACCCGUUCUGUCGAUACCAUCGUGCAGCAGUCUCAGUCCUCCCACGUUUGGUCCCCCGUCGCCAACGGCGAUCAUUCAUAAUAGCACCCCACAUCUGCCGGAAGUACGCAAACGAAAGACUGAUCUGGACAUGGCGCUGCCGAAUUUAUUACCCACGAAACAGUUUCUCACAGAGGAGAUGAUGUCGUCGCAUUUGAACAACCUGCACCUAUCCAGCGAAUACACCGCGCACGAUAUCAACCGAUCGAGCGACAGUUCCGCGUUACCGGGCACCUCGGCAACGUUGGAUGACGGCGACAUGAUGUUGAGCGAGGACAAAAGCCAACAGCCGUACAUCGUGUGCAUGUCACCGCAAGAGCUGGAGGAACGAUUGAAAAAGGCUCAAAGGAUUGCCAUCUGCGAGGAGGUGCGAAAACUCGAUACCCGUGCAGAGAUACUGCCCAAGGUGAUCCUCGAACGCAUGGAGAAACCAUGCACCGCACUGAUGAUCUGGCAACCGCCCCAGGAGCGGCUGGAUAAACUGUUUUCCACCGUAACGGAGCAGCUGGAGCAGCGCGAGCAGCAAGCGAACAAAAAGGAGCGAGAAGCAAGCAGCACCACCAGCAGCACAAUAUCUCCUACUACAGGUAUCACAUCCUCCGCUGGCUCAGUAGCACAGUGGUCUAUGGAUGACGAGACGCUACCCGACCUGCCGGAUUACGACGAAGAUUUGGAUGAUUUCGAGCCACAACAGGGUAUCAUCUGUGUUGGCAGCAUCACUUCACAGCCGGCAGUCGCACCCGACCCUGCCACGAUGGAUAUCGAGAUGUAGUAGACCUAGACCACACCGGGUUCGACACCAUGUGUGCGAUGCGGCGUUCGAUGAUUCCGGAUUCUUACUGGCUGCUUCUUUUUGUUGAUUUUUAGCCUCCAUAAACCUCCAUGGAUUCUCUCCCUGCGCGUCUCGUUCGAAAAUAAGCAGCGCUCUCGAAUGUACACUUCGGCAGAAAAUAAAAAAAGCAUAAAAACGA